AUGUCUCGCAGCUUUCUCGACGCCUCCAUCCCCGACCUGGUCGGCAAGCUGUCUACGGAUGAGAAAAUCAAGCUCCUUAGCGGUCCUAAUUGGUGGAACACCAAUGCUAUCGAACGGCUUGGUAUCCCCGCCGUCCGGAUGAGCGACGGUCCCAACGGAGUAAGAGGCUCUUCCCACUUCGUAUCUACUCCGGCGCAAUGCCUCCCUUGCGCGACGUCCCUGGCGUCCACCUUUGAUCCCGACCUGCUGUUCGAGGUCGGGAAAUUCCUGGGCGAGGAGGCCAAGAUCAAGUCCUCCGUCAUUCUGCUCGCCCCGACGUGCAACAUUCAGCGCAACCCGCUGGGGGGACGCGCCUUCGAGUCAUUCUCAGAGGACCCCCACCUAUCUGGCUCCUUGGCGGCUGCGUACGUAAACGGCCUCCAGUCACAGGGCGUCGCUUCGACCAUUAAGCACUUCGUCGGAAAUGACCAAGAGCACGAGCGGACCGCCGCUGAAUCAGUUAUGUCCGACCGCGCCCUGCGCGAGAUAUACCUAUACCCGUUCAUGCUGGCGCAGAAGAAGGCCCGCCCCUGGGCCUUCAUGACUUCGUACGGAAGAAUCAACGGCGUACAUUGCGCCGAAAACCCGACGCUCCUAAAGGACAUCCUGCGCAAAGAAUGGGGCUUUGACGGCAUCGUCAUGAGCGACUGGUUCGGCACGUACAGCGUCGACCUCUCGAUCAACGCCGGCCUGGACCUCGAGAUGCCCGGGCCGCCGCGCUGGCGCACGCAGUUGCUCGUGAACCACACGCUCUCUUGCCAGAAGGUGCUCCCAUCGACGCUCGACGAGCGCGCGCAAGACAUCCUCUCCUUUGUGCAGCGUCAGGCACAGAGGAACCCUGAUGUCGUGUUUGGUGACGGGGAAGAGCGCACGCGCGACUCACCGGAGGGACGCAAGUUCUGCAGACGGUUGGCGGCUGAGGGCAUCGUCGUGCUGAAGAACGAGCAGGACGUCCUACCGAUAGAGGCGAAGAAGGUGAAGCGCGUUGCGCUGAUUGGGCCGAACAUGAAGGACAGGAUCAUCUCGGGCGGAGGGUCUGCGGCGCUGAAGGCGAGCUACAUCGUCACUCCCUACGCGGGUAUUGUGGAUAAUGCACCGAAAGGCAUCGAGUUCGACUACGCGGUUGGCUGCUACGCGUACAAGUACACCCCGACGCUCGAGGCGUACCUGAAGACCCCUUCAGGGCAGCCCGGCUGGUCGUGUACCUUUUACAACCACGAUGCCAACGGAAACCCCACAGGCGACGCGGUUGCAGAAUUUGUCCUCCAAGACACCCGUGUCAAGCUCAAUGACUUCCUGCCUAAGGGCCUGACUGAGACAUGGACCAUCAAACUUCACGGAAGCUUGACGAUGGACAAGACGGCUGAUUAUGAACUGGGCCUGACCGUUGCGGGGCGAGCGAAGCUGUUCGUCAACGACAAACUGACCAUCGACAACUGGACGAAGCAGCGGCCAGGUGACUUUUUCUACGGUCAAGGUACGGUAGAAGAGCUGGGCACCGUCUCCCUGACGGCGGGGAAGCCGGUCGACAUCGUUGUCGAGUACACGAACACCAAGGCCCCUGAAGACACAGAAUCGGACCGUUCGCAGCCCGCCCUGAUGCGCGGUGUGCGGCUUGGAGGUUGCGAGAAGAUCGAUCCCGAGGAAGCUAUGGCUGCGGCUGAGAAGCUUGCAGCCUCGUCCGACGUCGCUGUAGUCGUCGCUGGGCUCUCUCCCGACUGGGAGAGUGAGGGCUUCGACCGUCCGACGCUGGAGAUGCCCGGCACCCAGAACGAGCUCAUUGCGCGCAUCGCAAAGGCGAACCCGAACACCAUCGUCUGCAUCCAAUCGGGCUCUGUGGUCGCGAUGCCAUGGGUGCACGACGUGCACGGCAUCGUGCAGGCAUGGUACGCGGGGAACGAGACUGGAAACGCGCUUGCGGACGUCCUCUUCGGCGCGCUAAACCCGAGCGGCCGCCUCCCGAUAACGCUCCCCGUGCGCGUGCAGGACAUCCCUGCGUUCCCGAACUUCCGCAGCGAGCACGGGCAGAUCCACUACCGCGAGGACCUGCUCGUUGGGUACAAGGGCUACGCCGCGCGCGGCAUCAAGCCGCUCUUCCCGUUCGGGUUUGGCUUGUCGUACACGACCUUUGCCUUCUCCGACCUCAAAGUUGCGUCAAGCGUGCAGUCGGGCGCGGCAGAUCACUUCGCGGUGCAGGUCGAGCUCACAGUCACGAACACCGGUUCCCGCGCAGGGUCGGAGGUCGUGCAACUGUACGUCUCCCUGCCCGACAUCGGGCUGACUACCCCGCGGCUGCAACUGCGCGCAUUCGCGAAGGCGCGUGAUCUCGCACCGGGGGAGAGCAAGCGCGUCGUGCUCGGGCUGGACAAGUACGCGGUGUCGUACUGGGACACGACGGGCCAGCAGUGGAAGGCGCCGAAGGGCACGUAUGGGGUGCAUGUUGGGAAGAGCAGCGAGGAUAUCGUUCUGGAGAGCGAGUUCCAAGUGGAGAAGGAGUUUACCUGGGUCGGGUUGUGA